AUGGUUUCACAUUUUUAUCUUUCUUGAUAAGAAUUUUUCAUGGAGUAGUUAAACUCGUGUCUCACAAUUCUUAUUCUUUAAGUUAAUUCACUAACAUGUAUUCUCGUUGUGGAAGUAGUGGUUCAAUUCAAAACAUACACCAAACUCCAUCGUCUUCCAAUCAAAACACAGAGGAUGAAGAUGAUAGUGGAGACAACAAAGCAUCUGCUUUGAGCUUUAAAGAAAGGAGAAGGGAAGCCCAUACUCAGGCAGAACAAAAGAGAAGGGAUGCUAUCAAGAAAGGAUAUGAUUCUUUACAAGAAUUGGUGCCCACUUGUCAGCAGACAGAUGCAUCAGGCUAUAAGCCUAGUAAAGCAGCUGUUCUUCAAAAGUCAAUAGACUACAUUCAGUACUUACUUCAACAACGUCGCCGACAAGAGGAAGAGAGGAAUGCGCUGCGUAAGGAUGUGGUCGCUCUCCGCAUCAUGCAAGCCAACUACGAGCAGAUCGUCAAGGCACAGCACUCGGUGCCUGGUCAUAACGAGCAGAGACUCACUGACCAGGAUAAGUUCCAAGUGUUCCAGGGUAUAAUGGACAAGUUAUUUGACUCCUUCGAAUCUGUGCCAACGAACAACUUUCACGAGUUUUCUGCCGGCGUCUUCAACUGGCUGGAGGAAUACUGUAAGCCUCAGUCUCUGAGGACCAUGGUACACGACGUGUUGCGGGAACAAAGCUAUACGCCCUGACUUACAAUAAUAUACGGCCUUGUUUAUAAAUAAACAUUAUGUUAGAUAAGUUUAAGGCCGGGUAGCAG